GGAAGUAGCGCAGUUCUGUAGGCUUCGGUCAGCCUCCAUCUUGUGUAUACCGCAGCUACUAAAAAAAACCCCACACAUAUAUACAUAUACAAGGGUGACUGGUUUCCGUUUAGCGGGACUCGUGAGUGAGCGUACAACAACAUGAGCACGCUGAACGUGAAAAAGCUCAAAGUGAAUGAGCUGAAAGAGGAGCUACAGCGUCGCGGCUUGGACACUCGGGGUCUGAAGGCGGACUUAGCGGACAGACUGCAGGCGGCGCUGGACGCAGAGGCUGCUGGAGCAGCAGCAGAAGAAGAAGAGGACCAAGACUUGGGGAAAGAGGAGGGUGCGGGUGGAGAAUAUGCUGGUGAUGCAUCAGACAACGGUGGAUCUGACGUGCCUCAGUAUGACGAUGGAAACGAUGUCUGCCCGAACCAGGAAAAGGAGGAAAACAACGAGGAAGAUGACAGUAACGAGAACGGUGCUGCUGAUUUUGAAUCAACCGACUUCACCUCAGACGAGGUGGACCCACAAAAGCAAGGCUUCGGUGAGGAGAUGCAGCAAGGAUUGGACGAUGAGCAAGAACCCGGGUGGGGCUUCGAAGAGCCUGCCGAUAGCCAGGGCUCUGAGGAUCCUGAGGUAAAGCAGGAGUACGAGGAGCCGGCUGUAGAACAGGAGCAGUUUGAGGAAGCACAGGAGCAGCCAGAAGUCAAACAGCCAAAAGCAGAACAGUCUCAGGAGGAGGUGACAAGUGUUAAAGUGGAGUCAAAGAAGGAGAACGACGUGCCACAGCAGGACGAGGCAGCAAAUGAUGGGACUCAUGUGGCAGGUGACCACGCAGCACAGGUUAAAGCAGAAGAUGAGCAACAGACUUCACAAAGCCGCAAAAGACCCUACGACGACGGCCGUGGAUACGGAUACUAUGAGCACCGUGAAGACAGAAGGGGACGGUCGCCACAGCCCCCGGCCGAGGAAGAUGAAGAAGACUUUGAUGAAAACCUUGUGGCUAUAGACACCUAUAACUGUGACCUGCAUUUUAAGGUUUCUCGAGACCGGUACAGUGGAUACCCGCUUACCAUCGAGGGGUUUGCGUACUUGUGGGCAGGUGCCCGAGCUACUUACGGUGUUUCCAAAGGACGUAUAUGCUAUGAAAUGAAGAUUAACGAGGAGAUCGCUGUAAAGCACCUCCCCUCCAGUGAGCCGGAUCCCCAUGUGGUGAGAAUCGGCUGGUCUUUGGACUCCUGUAGCACCCAGCUUGGAGAGGAACCCUUCUCCUAUGGCUACGGUGGAACUGGCAAGAAAUCCUCUGACUGUAAAUUUGAGGACUAUGGAGAGAGGUUUGGUGAAAAUGAUGUCAUUGGCUGCUUCCUUGACUUUGAGAGCGAAGAGCAAGUGGAGAUGGCGUUCUCCAAAAACGGCAAGUGGCUCGGGCCAUGCUACCGCAUAUCCCGUCAGGAGCUAGCUGAUCGUCCUCUCUUUCCGCAUAUCCUGGUGAAGAACUGCGGCAUAGAGUUUAACUUCGGACAGAAGGAGGAACCAUAUUUCCCACCACCUGAGGGUUACACGUUUAUUCAGGAUCUGGCCCUGGAAGACAGAAGCAGGGGAACAGUCGGGCCAGCUACUAAAGCAGAGUGCGAGAUCCUAAUGAUGGUAGGACUACCUGGCAGUGGAAAGACCACAUGGGCCAGUAAGCACUCCUUGGAGAACCCUGAGAAGAAGUUUAAUAUUCUGGGUACCAAUGCCAUAAUGGAGAAAAUGAAGGUGAUGGGACUCCGUCGCCAGAGGAACUACGCUGGGCGCUGGGACGUUCUCAUCUCGCAGGCCACACAGUGCCUCAACCGUCUCAUCCAGAUCGCCGCUCGCAAGAAACGCAACUACAUCCUGGACCAGACAAAUGUAUAUGGAUCAGCCCAGAGACGAAAAAUGCGUCCUUUUGAAGGGUUUCAACGCAAGGCUAUUGUAAUUUGUCCCACGGAUGAGGAUUUAAAAGAUCGAACAUUAAAGCGAACUGAUGAGGAAGGGAAGGAUGUACCCGAUCAUGCUGUGUUAGAAAUGAAAGCCAACUACGUGCUGCCCGAUGCCGGCGAGUUCUUGGAUGAGGUGAUCUUCAUAGAGCUGCAGCGUGAGGAGGCCGACACACUCAUCAAGCAGUACAAUGAGGAAGGCCGGAAGGCUGGCCCGCCACCUGACAAGCGCUUUGAUAACCGCCCCGGAGGCUUCCGCGGCCGUGGAUUCCAGCGCUAUGAGCAUCAGGGUGCACCGCAGGGAAACCGAGGCUCGUUCCAAAAUCGUGGCAGCUCUGGUGGAGGUGGCUACCGUGGAGCCUACAACCGUGGCGGGUACAACCAGAACCGCUGGGGCAACAACUACAGAGAUUCAGGGCCCCGGGGUGGCUAUAACCGCAACCAACAAUCAGGAAGCAGCUACAACCACAACCGCCAGGGCUCCUACAACAAAGGAGGCAGCGGUAGCUACAGUCAGUCCCAGCCUCAGAGCUACAGUCAAGGUUACACCCAAAGUUACAACCCAGGCAGCUACAGCCAGGGAUACAACUACGGCAACUACAGCCAGUACCCAGGUUACAAUCAGGGCUAUAGCCAGACGCCUGCAGCCACGAGUCAGACGUACAAUCAGCAGCAGCAGCAACAGCAGCAGCAGCAGCAGCAGCCGCAGCCUCAGCAACAGCAGCAGAGCUACAACCAGCAGUACCAGCAGUACGCUCAGCAGUGGCAGCAGUAUUACCAGAACCAGAGUCAAUGGAAUCAGUACUACAACCAGUACGGAAAUUACGGCAACUACCAGGGCUCGCAGCAGCAGUAGCCAUAUCCCCCUGUGGCUUUUCUGUAUCAUUCCAUAAGCUCUAUUCUUCAGCUUAUUUUUUUAAUUUAGUGUCCUUCCCGUUCAGCGAGGCUUCCUUUUCUCGCAGACUGCUCCACCAUCCUAAAAGUUUGCUUUUAACUCUCUAACCGCCUCAGUUUUUAAAAGUAGCUAAAUUUAUUUUGCUUUCCGUUAUUGCAUCUCAGUUUCGGAGGCUCUAGUCAGCUUUGCUUUUGAACCUUUUUCUAACGCAACAUUGAUGCGUUUAUAAGUAGCAAUGCAUCAUUUAGUUUGCUUCAAAUCCUGCACGCACAGAUUCAUGCUUAAAUGCUUCAUAGUGGGGACGCGUAUAAUUUUGAAUUGAGGGUUGUAUGUCAAACAUUUGCAUUGUUUGUCUUCUAAUCAUAUUUUUUAAGAAAACAAAUAAUUCCAGUUUCAAAAUAUUUAACUACAUUUAUGGCUUUCAAAACACAAUUGUAUCUAAUACAGGUAAAAAAAAUAAAUAAAAAAGCCCUAAUUUUUCAUAUCUUAGAAUAAAUCAUAACCAGUAAUGGACACCUGUGGAGUUUGACAGCGUAAAAGUUUUAUACCAUUCUUACAUGUCUAGUUUCAUGUUUUUUCUCCUUCAAUCUACAAUUUAGUGAGCACUAUGUGGUUGUAAGUUUUUAUACCUUGUAACAUGUUUGUAAAACUGUAUUGGCAUGUUGAUUUCUUUUUGUUGCUCAUUUUUUUGUAUUUGAGAAUAUAAUAUGAAACAAAAA